AUGCGUCCGAUCCUCCUCAAGGGCCACUCCCGGUCACUCACGAUGAUCAAGUACAACCGGGAGGGCGAUUUGCUCUUUUCCUGUGCCAAGGACCACACGCCGAAUCUCUGGUACAGUGACACGGGCGAGCGCCUGGGCACGUACGUGGGCCACUCGGGGGCGGUCUGGGCCUGUGACGUGAGCUACCACUCGGAGCGGCUCUUGACCGCUGCAGCCGACGCGAGUGUCAAGCUCUGGGACGUCCAGACCGGCGACGAGCUCUUCUCGUUCCCCCACUCGGGUCCAGCGCGCAGCGUCCAGUUCAGCACAGGCGACCGCUACUUUGUGUCGGUGGCCGACAAGUUCUCGGACCGUCCAGCAGCUGUGUAUGUCUAUGAGCUGGCCGAUGACGUGAGCCAGCAGAGCGCAGAGCCUGUGCUGACGAUCACGGAUCACGGCCACGAAGGCCGUAUCACGGGGGCGUACUGGAUGCCGCUGAACAAGGCGAUCUUGACCACGGGGGGAGACGGCACUGUGAAGCUGUUUGACCCCAAGACGGGUGCACUGCUUGAGAGCCACGACAUCCACGUGGGCGAGAUCACGAACUUGACGUUUAACAAGUCCAAGACGCUCGCGAUUACGUCGUCAAAGGAUAACACGGCCAAGCUGCUCGACGUCGAGACGAUGAAGGUGCUCAAGGUGUACGAGACGGACCGUCCCGUGAACUCGGCCGCCAUUUCGCCCAUCAAAGAGCACGUGGUGCUCGGUGGCGGACAAGAAGCUAUCAGUGUCACGACGACAUCGGGUCGUGUUGGCAAGUUUGAAGCUCGUUUCUUCCACAUGGUUUUCCAAGAGGAGUUUGGACGUGUGAAAGGCCACUUUGGACCGAUCAACACGAUUGCUUUCCACCCGAAUGGCAAGAGCUACGCGUCUGGAGCGGAGGACGGAUACGUGCGACUGCACCACUUUGACAACGACUACCUCAAGCUCGAUGUCAAGAAGUAA